UGUGCAGAGGCGGGAGAUUCUAGCAUGGCUGUUCAGCCGAAGCAGAACCUGUCCAUGGACAGCGCGUCCGAGCACGCCUUCCUCAGCUUCUACUUCUCCAUGCCGGAGAAACCGGACACAACUUUCCGCAUAUUCGACCGUAGCGACUACUAUACGGUUCACGGGAAAGACGCCGUAUUCGUCGCGAAAGAGGUUUUCAAGACGAACGGCGUUAUCAAACACCUGGGCUCUGGCAGUCGUAAGUUGGAAAGUGUGGUUCUGAGCAAGCUCAACUUUGAGGCUGUUGCGAAGGACCUGCUCCUUUUCAGGCAGUACCGAGUCGAGGUGUACAGGAACCACAGCAAGAGCAGCAAGGAGCAUGACUGGAAAAUUGACUUCAAGGCCUCUCCAGGAAACCUCACCCAGUUUGAGGAGAUCCUAUUCGGCAGUGGAAACGGCGUGGAAGGCUGCGCGGGAGUGGCGGCCGUGCGUGUUGCCUCUGGCGUGGUCGGCGUAGGCUACGUGGACGCGGCGCAACGCACCAUGGGCGUGUGCGAGUUCCCUGACAACGAGGUCUUCUCCAACCUGGAAUCGCUGCUCGUACAGGUCGGCCCCAAAGAGUGUCUCCUCGUUCAGGGGGACCGCAGUGCAGAAGGCGUCAAGCUGCGUGAGGUGGUGCAGCGCGGUGGUGUGCUGGUCUCAGACAGGAAGCGGACCGAGUUCAGCAGCAGGGACCUGGUCCAGGACCUCAACAAGCUGCUGAGAGCCAAACGGGGGGAGACGCUGGCCAGCAACACCCUCCCGGAGCUCGACAAACAGGUGGCCGUGGCCUGCUUGGCGGCGGUGGUGCGCUACCUGGAGCUGCUCUCUGACGAGUCCAACUUCAACUCCUUCAGCUUGACCGAAUUGGAGCUGGGGCACUACAUGAGGCUGGAUAAUGCUGCUGUCAGAGCGCUCAACCUUUUCCAGAGUGCACCCGACGACACCAGCGGGGCUCACUCGUUGGCCCGACUGUUGAACAAGUGUCGCACACCUCAGGGCCAGCGGCUGGUCCACCAGUGGAUCAAGCAGCCGCUCCUUGACAAAACAAAAAUCGAGGAGAGACUCGACCUGGUGGAAAGUUUGGUGUGCGAUUCAGAGCUGAGGCAGACGUGCCAGGGCGACCUUCUGCGCCGCUUCCCCGACCUCCAGCGGCUGGCCAAGAAAUUCCAUCGCAGGAACGCCACCUUGCAGGACUGCUACCGUGUGCACCGAGCCGUCGACCAGAUCCCCGCGCUCGUCACCGCCCUGGACAGCCAUUCGGGAAAUCACCAGGUCCUGCUUGAGGCGGUCUUCAUCUCCCCCCUCAGGGACCUGCAGGCCGACUUCAGCAAGUACCAAGAGAUGAUUGAGUCCACCCUGGACAUGAACCAGGUGGAACACCAUGAGUUCCUGAUCAAAGCCUCGUUUGAUCCCGUCUUGGGUGAGCUGCGAGAGGAGAUGGACGCCUUGGAGAAGAGCAUGCAGGCCGUGCUCAACGCCGCCGCCAGAGAGUUAGGUUUGGAGGCCGGCAAGACGGUGAAGCUGGAUUCGAGCGGCGUGCUGGGCUUCUACCUGCGCGUCACCUGCAAGGAGGAGAAAAGCCUGAGAAACAACAAGAAUUUCACCACACUGGAUGUGCAGAAGAACGGUGUGCGCUUCACUAACAGCAAGCUGAGCGCGCUCAACGAGGACUACGGGAGCAGCAGGGCGAAGUAUGAGGAAGCACAAAACGCUAUUGUCAAAGAGAUCAUCAACAUCGCCUCCGGCUACGCAGAUCCUCUGCAGACACUGGGUGAGGUGGUGGCGCUGCUGGACGCGGUGGUCAGCUUUGCCACAGUGUCGGUGUCAGCCCCCGGUUCGUACGUGCGGCCGCGCCUGCUUUCCGACGGCCCCCGCCGCCUGCAUCUGCGGCAGGCGCGCCACCCCUGCAUGGAGGCGGACGCCGACACCUGCUUCAUACCCAACGACGUCACCUUCGUGCAGGGGGAGAAGAGCUUCUACAUUGUCACUGGACCAAAUAUGGGCGGAAAGUCGACGUUCAUUCGUCAGGUUGGCGUUAUCGCUUUGAUGGCGCAAAUCGGCUGCUUUGUGCCUUGCGAGGAGGCGGAGCUCAGCGUGAUUGACAGCAUCAUGGCCCGGGUCGGGGCAGGAGACAGCCAGGUGAAGGGAGUGUCCACCUUCCUGUCGGAGAUGCUGGAGACGGCGGCCAUCUUGCGCUCUGCCACGGAGAAGUCGCUGGUCAUCGUGGACGAGCUAGGCCGCGGCACGUCGACCUACGACGGCUACGGCCUGGCCUGGGCCAUCAGCGAGCACGUCGCUGCCAAGAUCGGUUGCUUCUGUCUAUUCGCCACGCACUUCCACGAGCUGACGGCGCUGGCGGCGCAGCUGCCCGCCGUGCACAACCUGCACGUCACGGCCUUGACAUCCGACAAUACGCUCACCAUGCUCUACAGAGUCAAGCCAGGUGUAUGCGACCAAAGUUUUGGGAUCCACGUGGCUGAGUUGGCUUGUUUCCCGCCAUUGGUGGUCGCCAUGGCGAAGGAGAAGGCAAAGGAGCUGGAGGAGUUUCAGGAGUCGGCGUCUGCGACGGGGGACGAGCCCGAGGCCAAGAGACGACGCAGCGACAAACAGGUCGGAGAAGACUUGGUCCGAGACUUCCUUGAGGAAGCCAAGUCUCUUCCAGCCGACGCCAUGACGGAGGAAGAGGUGAGGGCGGCCUUGAGCCGCAUGAAGGAAGCGCUGCUCGCCAAAAACAACUCGUACGUCGCCGAGCUUCUGGCGCGCUCGCUUCCCGUCACGUCUUGAUCGUCUUUAACACGCGCUUGGAGUCACCUGCGCGAAAACAACUAGAUCCACCUUUUUGAAUUUUCCUCUAACGUGCAACAAUAUAAAUAAAUAGAAUUCUUCCAAAACGCAAUUACUAUUGUUUUUAAACAGGCAAAAAAACGUUUUAGAAAAAUACAUAUAGAUUUUUAGUCUUCCUUUUCAUUCGAAGCACAAUUUUGUUCUGCUUUGGAAAGAAAAAUAAUUAAAAGAAAAACUCAGUGGAGAUAAUUCCCUCCAACACAACACUAAAUUCUGGAGCCCCUAAGACAAAAUUUUCCUGUGGAUGAAAAGGUAGAAGUGUAUUUAGUUUGAAGAAAAACAAAUCUCAAGUUUUGUGAAUGUCCUAUUCAGACCAAAUAUUUGUUGUCACAGAAGAUUAAAAGCUACCAAAUUUUUAUUUGUUCAAAACAA